AUGGACACAAUGAAAUAUCUCUCCUUCCUCUUCCUUUGCUUGACUUCGGUUGCCAGUGGCAACAAAGCCAAUAAGCACAAGCCAUGGAUCGAGACAGAAUACCAAGGCAUCGUGAUGGAAAACGACAACACGGUCCUCCUCAACCCGCCGCUCUUCGCCCUGGACAAAGACGCUCCCCUCCACUACGCCGGAGAAAUUUGUGGUUUCCGAGUACACAACGGCCCCUCCGGUUCCGGUUCCGUCCAGUUUGAAGCAGUGGUUCUGGAUCGUUCCACCGGUGAGGGUCUGGUGCGCUCCAAGGAGCCUCUGGAUUGCGAGAGCCAGCGGGAACACAGCUUCACUAUCCAGGCUUACGACUGCGGCGAAGGCCCCGACGGUGUCAACAGCAAGAAAUCCCACAAGGCCACCGUGCACGUGCGCGUUAAUGACGUCAACGAGUUCUCCCCCGUGUUUGUGGAGCGUCGCUACGAGGCUUCGGUCCCGGAGGGGCGUCUGUUUGACCGCAUCGUGCGUGUGGAGGCUCUGGAUGCUGACUGCUCUCCGCAGUAUAGCCAGAUUUGUUUCUAUGACAUCAUCACCCCCAACGUGCCCUUUGCUAUCGACAACGACGGUAACAUUAAGAACACAGAGCCUCUGGACUCUAAGCGUCAGCGCGUUCACACCUUCUGGGUGACCGCCUUCGACUGCGGCAAGAACCGCGCUCAGGCUGACGCUCAGGUGGCGGUCACGGUUAAGCCGUCCUGCAAGCCAGGCUGGACAGGUUGGACCAAGCGAGUGGAGUACACGCCUGGCUCGGGUAGCAUCCCGCUCUUCCCUACCUUGCGUCUGGAAAACUGCGAGGAAACCGUGUGGAACAUCCAGGCUACUGUUGAACUUCAGACUGGGCACAUCGGGAAGGGCUGCGACCGCGAUAGCUACUCCGACCGAUCGGUGCGAAGACUUUGCGGUGCCGUCCGCGGCGAGGUGGACCUCCUCCCACCGCCGUCACCCACAGCCAACUGGACGGCAUCCCUUCCUACUCUCCCCUCCUCGGAUUCUUCGCUGGUCUUCUCCUUCAACGGGUCCGGGCACGUGGCGGCUGUGCCGGACGCGGUGGUCUCGGGGCUGUCGGGUGACCAUUUCACCUUGCAGCUGUGGAUGCGCCGGUGGGGCACCAAUGUCCAGGCGGCGGCCACUCAACCUAAAGCCAGUCGCCGGGAGGAGGAGACCAUUGUGUGCAGCACGGUCAAGAAUGACGAUUCAUUCUCCCACUAUUCGCUGUCCGUGCACGGCUGCCGUCUGUCUCUCUUUUACUGGCCCGACGUGUCGGCUGCACGGCCCGUCAAGUUUCUGUGGAAACUGGAGCAGGUAUGCGACAGCGAGUGGCACCACCUGUCCCUCAGCGUCCAGUUCCCCUCAGUGACUCUUUACGUGGACGGCGUCACCUUUGACCCCGCUCUCAUCCAUGACAAUGGCGCUCUGCCCAAUCCGGCCCCGCGCCAGAGGAUGUCCGUUGGCGCUUGUUGGGAGCCGGAGGACAAGCAGAGGGAGAUUGUGAACAACAGCAGCCAAGAAGCGAAAUAUGUGGGCGGUUACCACGGCCUGUUGUCUGGGGUGACGGUGCGGCCGGGAAGCGUGGAGCCGCAUAGUGUGGUGGAGUGUCUGUACGCCUGCAGGGAGGGCUUGGACUUUGGAGACCUGGAGACUCUGGGAUCUGGAAUGAAGGUUCACGUGAACCCCAGCCAGUCCGUGCUAGUCCUGGAGGGGGACGACAUUGAGAGUUUCAACCGAGCCGUGCAGCAGGUGACCUACAGGAACUCCCUCCGCUUCGCCACACCCGGAGUGCGACCCCUCAAACUCACCACCUCGCUCAGAUGUUUCAACGAGGAGAGCUGCCUGUCCCUGAAGCCACUGGAAGGUUACCUGGUGGUCCUCCAGCCCGACGCUCCCCAGAUCUCUCUGUCCGGGGUGGGGCCCCACCUAGCUCGCCCCGCUCCAGAGUUCGAAGGCCCCCGGGGCGUACCGCUUUUCCCCGAGUUGCGGAUCGUCUGCUCUCUGACGCACGCCGUCAACACAGCAGCGCAUGGAAUGGAAGGCGGCGCGUUGAUGUCCGACGCCGUGGCCCACACUUUGGACGGAUGUGAGGUCCAACCUCUAGGCGAGGAACUUGACCUGGAAAGGGAGGAGCUUCUGGUCGAUAUGGAUGUCGUGCGAGAGCGGGGCUUGGAGAUUAUCAACACGACUGCCUACAUUGCCAUCACAGGUGCCGAAUCCAUCUCUGUGUACGAGGACGUUCUUCGUUCAGUCCGUUACCGCAUGUCCAGGAGCUCAUCUCGCUUUGAGCGGCGCUUCCGUCUCUCCUGCUCCGAGAUGAACGGCAGAUACACCAGCAAUGAGUUGACUCUGGAGGUGAAUUUCCUCCACUCCUUGGAAAGCAUGUAUCACCCAUCCCACCUUAUGGCUUCUCAGCAUCAGUUUCUCCAUCAACAUGCGGGCGAGCUCAGUGGACACGCUUUGCCGAGCCUACAUCGCAAUUCAGUGGUUCCCGGGGCAGCCACCAUUAUCAUCAUGGUGUGUGUGGGAUUCCUGGUCGUCAUGGUGAUUCUGGGCAUUUUCCGGAUCCGCUCCAUCCACCGCCGCAGCGAGGAGGCCCGGGAGGCAGCUAAGGAGGGCUGCAGCCAGUGGGACGACUCUGCACUCACAAUCAUCGUCAACCCCAUGGAGUCAUACGAUUCUCGCAUGGGCAUGUCCGCUGACACGGAGGGCGAAGGCGAGGACGAGGAAGACGAGGAAGAAGAGGAGGUGGCCGAAUCGCCCGACAACGCCGGCGACGACCAGCGGAUCAUCUUCAAGAAGGAGGGGCGAGACGGCAACGCACGUCGCUACUGA